CUCUUUGUUCAUCACUUCAAUUUCAGCAACUUCUUCAUUCAUCACUUGUGAGUUUACCUGCACCAAAGCACAAAGAAGAAAAAAGAACACUUCUUGCAAUCUAUUGUAGAGAAGAUGAAGAUGAGCAGCACAAACAUGGGAAGCUCCAAGAGAAGAAUUUCAAGCAGAGGACUAGGAGGGGUCCUAAGAGAGCAAAGGGCUAGGCUUUACAUAAUCAGAAGAUGUGUGGUCAUGCUGCUUUGCUGGCAUGAAUGAAGAGUAUCUUUCUAGUUCUAUCUAGCCUUCAAUAAGAAGGGAUGCUUGUUUUUUUCUUCUUCUUCUUCUUUGAUCAUCUUGGGGAGUGUAAAUAGCAAAGGCCGAGAUUAGUGAGAAAGAAGUUAACAAUUUUGUACUAAUUAUUAAUUGGCUUUAUGAGCCUUCAUGUGUAUACAGUCGGAUAGCUUAAUGGAUUGAAAAAUCAUCUUUAUCAAUUCAUUGAGUCUUAGUAAUUCUUUUCAUUUCCA